AUGACUGGUCAUGCCGAGAAGCUUCCGGAGGAGCUCAAGCUCGUUACUGCUGCGCACGUAAAGUACAUACAGAGUCUCGACACCAAGGAAGACGAGUACGAUUACUGGCUCACGGAGCACCUUCGCCUCAACGGCGUGUACUGGGGCCUGAACGCGCUGCAUCUCUUGGGUCAUCCUGAUGCUCUUCCCCGUGACAAGACUAUCGAGUUCGUUCUCUCAUGCCAGCACCCAAGCGGCGGCUUUAGUGCUGCCCCGGGCCACGACGCUCACAUGCUUCCCACCCUGUACGCCAUCCAAAUCCUGGUCAUGCUCGACGCGUUAGAUGUCCUCGAGCAACGCGGGGCGGGAAAGGUGCAGGUAGGACAGUUUGUCGCGGAUCUGCAGAACCGGGCCACGGGAACCUUUGCCGGGGACGAGUUUGGCGAAGAGGACACGCGGUUCCUGUACGCCGCGCUCAACGCUUUGUCUCUUCUGGGCCUUUUGUCUCUCGUCGAUGUGGAUAAGGCCGUGGAACACGUCGUCUCCUGUGUCAAUUUUGACGGGGGGUACGGCGUCAGCCCUGGGGCCGAGUCCCAUGCCGGUCAGGUCUUUACCUGCGUGGCUGCCCUGUCCAUCGCCGGGCGUUUGGACCUAGUCGACGCCGAUAAGCUGGGUCGUUGGCUCAGCGAGCGGCAGAUUGCCGGGGGAGGUCUCAAUGGCCGCCCUGAAAAGAAGGAGGACGUCUGCUAUAGCUGGUGGGUCCUCAGUAGUCUGGCCAUGAUCGGACGCACUCAUUGGAUCGAUCGGGAGCAGCUCAUCGGUUUCAUCCUCCGCUGUCAGGAUUCUGAACUCGGCGGGAUCGCGGACCGGCCGGGAGACAUGGUAGACGUUUGGCACACGGUUUUCGGAGUCUCGGGUCUGAGCCUGCUCAACUACCCGGGGCUUGAACCGGUAGACCCUGUAUAUUGCAUGCCAAAGGCGAGCAUCGACCGGGUCAUGGGGAGGUGA